UUUUGUUGGGAACUGUGAAAUUGAUUUGGAGAUCAAGAGAUACUUCUGCAGAGCUGGUGUGAAAAGUAUACAGAUCCAUGGCACUAUGAGAGUUAUCCUGGAACCACUAAUUGGAGACAUGCCCCUAAUUGGAGCACUAUCCCUUUUUUUUCUUAGGAAACCUCUUUUGGAAAUUAACUGGACUGGACUGACCAAUCUUCUGGAUGUUCCGGGACUAAAUGGCUUAUCAGAUACAAUAAUACUGGAUAUAAUAUCCAACUACCUGGUCCUUCCAAAUAGAAUUACUGUCCCCCUUGUCAGUGAAGUGCAGAUUGCUCAGUUGCGAUUUCCUAUACCAAAGGGUGUUCUAAGGAUAUACUUUAUUGAAGCUCAGGACCUGGAAGGGAAAGAUACUUACCUAAAAGGGAUUGUCAAAGGAAAAUCAGAUCCUUACGGAAUCAUCCGUGUGGGCAACCAGAUUUUCCAAAGCAAGGUCAUCAAAGAAAAUCUCAAUCCAAAAUGGAAUGAAGUUUAUGAGGCCUUAGUAUAUGAACAUCCAGGACAGGAGCUAGAGAUUGAGCUCUUUGAUGAAGAUCCAGAUAAAGAUGACUUCCUGGGAAGUUUGAUGAUAGAUUUAAUUGAAGUUGAAAAGGAGCGUCUUAUAGAUGAGUGGUUUACUUUGGAUGAAGUGUCCAAAGGAAAAUUGCAUUUAAAACUGGAAUGGCUCACAUUGAUGCCAACUGCUGAAAAUCUAGACAAGGUGCUAACAAGCAUUAGAGCUGAUAAAGACCAAGCGAAUGAUGGGCUUUCUUCUGCAUUGCUUAUUCUCUAUUUGGACUCCGCAAGAAACCUGCCCCGUAAUCCAUUAGAAUUUAACCCUGAUGGCUUGAAGAAGGCUGCUGUUCAGAAAGCCCUAAAGUCAGGAAAGAAAAUAAACAGCAAUCCCAACCCACUUGUUUUGCUGUCAGUUGGACACAAGGCACAGGAAAGUAAGAUUCGGUACAAGACCAAUGAACCAGUAUGGGAGGAAAACUUUACUUUCUUUGUACACAAUCCCAAAAGACAAGAUCUUGAAGUUGAGGUAAGGGACGAACAGCACCAGUGUUCUUUGGGGAACUUGAAACUGCCUCUAAGCCAGUUGCUGGAGAGUGAAGAUUUAACUAUGCAUCAGCGGUUCCACCUGAGCAACUCUGGUCCAAACAGCACUAUAAACAUGAAGAUUGCACUCAGGGUCCUUUCUCUUGAAAAGCAAGCAAGAUCUCCAGAUCAUCAACACUCAGCCCAAGUAAAAAGGCCAUCUCUUUCCAAAGAUGCAAGGAAAUCAUCUUUUAAGCCUCAGGUUCCUGUCUCACCACCACCUGAUUCAAACAAACCUGCUCCAGCUUCCCCAGUGACUGAUAGUGAUAAAAAGACUGAUACAGCUGAAAAAAGUCAACCUCCCAAUGCCAGCCCUCAGUGGCCAGCAGAUCUCAGCCGAAGUUCCUCCAGUCUUCAUGCCUCUAACUUCUCUUAUUCUCCCAGCCACCUCUCAGUCAAGGAACCCACUCCUAGCAUAGCCUCAGACAUAUCCCUGCCUAUCGCCACACAGGAGCUGCGGCAAAGACUACGACAGCUUGAAAAUGGAACAACUCUGGGGCAGUCUCCAUUAGGACAGAUUCAGCUAACAAUUCGUCAUAGUUCACAANNNNUUUCCUUGUUUUUCACUGGUCACAGAAAUCUAAUAGCAUUUUCAGAAGAAGGAUCCGAUCCGUAUGUGCGAAUGUAUUUAUUGCCUGAUAAGAGACGAUCGGGAAGAAGAAAAACACACGUAUCAAAGAAGACAUUAAACCCAGUGUUUGAUCAAAUAUUUGAUUUCAGUGUUUCCCUGCCUGAAGUACAGAGAAGAACACUAGAUGUAGCAGUGAAGAACAGUGGUGGUUUCUUGUCCAAAGAUAAAGGGCUGCUUGGCAAACUAUUAAUACCUCUGGCAUCUGAAGAACUUGCUAAAGGCUGGACCCAGUGGUAUGAUUUAACAGAAGAUGGUACAAGGCCACAUGGUGCAAGUUAGGCCCAUGGAUAUUGGGAAUUCUCCAUGCAUAAUUUUGCCAACCUUUAUAUAUUUUUGAAGCGUCAUUUUCACAGAUGUACCAAUAUUAUUUUUAUAGCUUUACUGAUUUAGUUCUUAGACACAUCCCCAAUAAUUUUAUAACACUUGGUCAUUUUAUGCAGACGUAGCCUUUCUCGUUGUUAAACUUUGUAUUUUAUUUUGCUAAACAAUUUUAUGUGUUACUGUAAUGUGCAAUAGUACAGUAAAAUAACCUUUUGUGUUUAAAUUGAUCUUUAUGAUGGCUGUACCUAUUAGAAAGUUAAAAGAUCAUGUUCUGCUGUUUUCCUGCCUUGUUUUAUAUCUCACCAAGGUAUACUGUACCAUGUAAAUAUAUGCUAUUUUUUUAUAAUUCUUUCAUGCUGGUUUGAAUUCAGAAGAAAAUUACAUAAAGGAUAUAGAUAUUUUCUUCUAAAUGCAUGUUAACUUC